AUGGGACCACUGUGGGCCAGCGCCGACCUGUGGGGCGUGUUGACGGACUACGUGCAGGUGGCCACCGUGGUCGAGGCCAAGCCCGACGCCACGUCCACGCUCUUCUGCAGCGGCCAGUUCGGAGACACGUCCAUCCAGGUGGGAACCCAGCUGUCGUGCGUCGUGAACAUCCAGACCAACAGACAACCCAUCGCCGGCAGUCUCGAUGACUUCAGCAUCUUUCUCGACGGACGCAGCAUCUACUUCACCUACACCGUUCCCUCUUCGAGCGGCUUCGAGCAGCUGCACGUCACCUUCAACGUCUCGUCCGAGAUCGUCGGCUCGCCGUUCAACAUCACCGUCUGGGAAAGCAAGCCCGACUCAGACGACGGCCAUGGCACAUCAUCAUCCCCGUCCUGGCCUCAGCAGUUGGUGCGCUGGUGA